GGCGACGUUUGCCCAUCAUGCAGCUCGGCCUUGAGAAGAUGAGGCAAGAUGGCGACUAAAAUAAGCAAAGAGAGUCCCCCUCCUUUUGAUUGUCCAUCAUGGGCAGGCAAGCCGCCUCCGGGGCUCCAUUUAGACGUGAUGAAGGGAGACAAACUAAUAGAGAAACUAAUCAUAGAUGAAAAGAAGUAUUACCUGUUUGGGAGGAACCCAGACUGGUGUGACUUCACCAUCGACCACCAGUCGUGCUCGCGUGUCCAUGCUGCCCUGGUUUACCACAAACACCUGAAAAGGGUCUUUCUCAUAGACCUCAACAGCACACAUGGUACUUUCCUCGGGCACAUCCGCCUGGAGGCACACAAGCCUCAGCAGGUUCCCAUAGACUCUACAAUAUCUUUUGGGGCCUCAACACGGACCUACACCAUCAGAGAGAAACCCCAAACCCAAGGCACUGCUGGUACAGGGGACAGUAAGACAGGAGAGGAUGAGGAGCUGAAAGGACUGCUUGGGCUUCCAGAAGAAGAGACAGAGUUAGAGAACCUGACAGAGUUCAACACAGCUCACAACAAGCGCAUCUCCCUCCUGACCAUUGAAGAGGGCAACCUGGAAAUCCAGAGGCCUAAGAGGAAACGGAGGAACUCCAGAGUUACUUUUAGCGAGGAGGACUCCAUCAUUAACCCAGAGGAUAUAGACCCCUCAGUGGGACGCUUUAGGAAUAUGGUGCAGACUGCUGUCAUCCCCAUCAAGAAACGGAGAUCAGAGGGCCAAAACACCUUGGGUCUUGAUGACUUGGCUUCAAAACGUAUCCACGGUUACAGCUUGGGCGGUGGUCUCUAUGGUGACUUGCCCCCCACCAGUCAUGAGAACCAGCCAACUGGAGCGCCGGGAGGUGUUGCUAUGCAGGGAGGGCUUCCACUGCCCUUCCCUAAUCCAGCACCAGAGGUGGACCUGGCCCCAGAGGCUCCCCAGCCCCCUGUCACCCUCAACCCCACCCCUGUCACAGCCCCUUAUCUACCAGAGACCCACAACGAGCCACGCAAAAAGAAGUACGCCAAAGAAGCUUGGCCAGGCAAGAAGCCAACCCCCUCACUACUCAUCUAACCAGUUUCUUAAAGCUGCUGACUCUCAGGUUACCAGUAGAUACAUCAGGGACUGUGACCUGGCCAAGGUGAAGUCAUUCACUUCCCUUUUUUUAAUUUGUUGUGUUACUCAUUGUCAACAGAAAGGCGCCACAGAAUUUACCUGUGGUAUGUCACAAGAUAUCAUCUAUCUUACCAAGUCAGCAGUUGAUAUUUUGGCAGAAAAACAGCCCCAUCGUGUUGACUGCAAACAAAAAUAACAGACAGAAUUAACAGACUUGGCAGUGAACAGUUUAGUCCCAGACUGGCAGUGAAAUAUACUUGUCUGAGUGACGUGGAUAUGAUGGUUACGUUUUUGAUGUGAUGGAUGUAAGUUUUUUUUUCUACUAAAUACGUUUCAACUGUUUUUUCACUCCUUCAAUAUUUUGAUAAUGCUAUUAAACAAAAGGCUAAAAAGUACUUUUAUAUGAGAUAUUUUACUGUGAGAAGUCUGAAAAGUCAAAGAAUCCAGACAUAUAGUCAAUCUAUAUCUAAACACAGGGCUGCUUUUUAUCUUGAAAACUUGUUGACACAGUGCAAUUACUUGUUUUACUCAUGCAGACUCAAACAUUGGCGUGACCUAUAUUAGACCAAUGUGACAUUGACUGAACUGUCCUGCAUUUGUCAGACAAGCCACUAGAGGGUGAUGUGCACAAAGGUUAGAGAGUUUUCAGUGAAGGUUGGCUGCAAACUUUGAAGUACAAGUGUUUAUGACAUCUUGCACUAACCUUAUUCUUGUCCAAAAUCUAUAUGUGGCAUCACAUGAAAGUGGUGCUGCAAGCCUCUUGUUAUUCAUUUGGAUUCUUCUGCAGAUAAAAGCCAUUUGCCCUCAAAACAGUCUGUUGAUCAUAUUUGUCCUUUAGUUUUUUCUGCUAAUUUGAGUUUUAAAUGGUUGGUUGCCUCUUUCUUUCCAGCACCAGUAUACUGUAAAUACAAGGAUUUUACAGUUUUUUUUUUUUUUUUUACUUUAGAUUAUUAAUUGGGUUGUUAUUGAGUAGUAACAGAAUAGUAUGGAUUCCAGCACAGUAACAAAUACCAAUUUUGCUGCAAAAUAAGAAGUUAGAAAAAACACAAAGGUUUGGAUUUAUGAAGUUUUAACAGCCAUGUUCCAUGUUAACAUCUUUCACAGGCAACAGAGUACAGUGCAGUUUAUAUAGUAUACUGUUCAUAUUUUGUUUUCCUCAACUGAACUGAGACAUAGGAACUGUGUCUUUGCACACAGUAGCAGGAAUAUAUAGCACUCCAAGUCAAAUAAAGGUCCCAUGAAAUGGUACUAUUACUUAUUUGGGAGUGAUUUUGCUUUUAUUCACGGGUAGACAGCAGAGAGAUGAUGGGAAAUGAAGGCAGAGAGAGAGUGGAGGGAAUGACCUGCAAAAAAGGUCACCAAUUGUAAUCACACCUGAGACACUGUGGUUACAGUACGGUGUGCAUUUUAACCACAAGGCCGCCACUAUACCCGUUUGCAUUUCCUUUUGAAGGAAGUUGUUAGGUGGGAAAUUAGAUAGUGAAGUAUCAAGCUUAGUGUAAACUGGUGUAGUUGUUCUGUUAGAAAGGUGAGUUGAGUUGAAAGAGCAGGCAGGGGGUCGCCCAUAAAGAUGCACUGCUUUCCAUGAAGAGCAGUUUUCUGUGACGAUCAAGUGGCCAUUUCAUGGGAUCUUUAAAUAAGUGAUGGAUUAGACGAGGUGUUCCAUUUCUACAAACUGUGCUGGUGACGUUUUGUCCUUGUGGGCCUGUGGAUUUUGUAAUCAUUAACUGUAAAUAAAAAAUGAAUUACUUUUGACUCAA